CCGUGUCUUUUUAUUUGUGGGGGUCUGACGACACAAACAUUGCAUAUGCUCCGGGGAUGCUCUUCGAAUCGCUGUUUAUGCCACCGGAUGGGACUACUCUGCAAUUGCCGAUGUCAUCACUCAAAUACCUACAAAAA